AUGGAAACACUGAUAUCUCCCGACAGCGAGUCAUCCAGUAUUCACUUGACCACAUCCCCGACCACCAGCUCUGACAUCAAGUCUUCAGACGUGGAGCCCAUGUCUGGCCUUAAAACAACCCAAGAGGUAGCGGGAGAGUCGGACGACGACAACAGAUUAUCACCGGAAAAGACGUCGUCUCCAUUAAUGUCUGAUUUGUUGGCCGAUGUCUUAACCACUGCCUCCAGAGUUAUGCAACGAAAGUCUGAUCCCACCGUCGAUGACAGCUUUCUAGAGAGAGAUUUUUUGAAGGCGAGAUCCCUAUCGGUUCCGGCGCUCAAACGGCCCACAAGUCUAUCAUCGAAAAGACAAUUAUUGUUGCGAUCGGAGGAGACGUUCGCCGGCGAUGAGAGGCGAUCCUCGUCGUCAUCGGAGGCAUCCAUUCCCGUACUGUCGCCCGAAUCCAUCGCAUCCACACAUCUGAGUGCACACACCGCCGAAGACCUCGAUUCCGAUAUCCAAGACUUGACGCCAAUUCAAGAGAUCUAUUCGUCUGAUCCGUCGACAUGUCUGGAGCCCACGACAAUCGUUGAAGCCCUCACUGAGACGACAGUUGAGGCCAGUGUUGAGCCUAUCGUCGAGACUAUUGAAUCGGUUCCAGUGGUUCCACAGAUAUCGAAACCGGCUGUACCUCCGAAGCCAGCGUUUUUGUCUUCAGCCGUUUCCCUUCAAAGACCAGACAUCGUAAGCGCACACAAAGAGGUAGUCACUGAUGAGAGCAAACCGAAAGUGACCGCCAAAGCAGACACUGAGACAACGGAACCAACUAAUGAAGAGAUCAGAGCUAUUGCUGAAGAGAUUGUCGAAGACUUCAAGAGUAUUGUCACUCAAAAGCUAUUGGACUUAAACGUAGACCUAUUCGACCGAAAAGAGUCGGAAGAAUUGGCGGACAAAGAAGUCGUCGGCAAAGACAUCAAGCCAUUAGGUAUUGGCGGAGGAGUAGUACCGCCACCUCUGAGGAGAUCCCUUUCCGGCGGCGAGUUGUCCACAGUGUCCGAAGUGUCCGAAGAGAUCAGUUUUGCUGGCGCUGUCGGUCCACUCAAGUCGGGCUCAUCGAUGGACAGGGAAGAUAAGGAUCUGUUGGAGUCGUGGACCGCCGAUAGGGAGUCUGGGGGUCCGGUACUGUCUGCCCUAUCAGUGGGCGACGGCUUGUCCUCCGAGAACAUAGCCAUCCAUUCGGGAGCCACGAGUCCAUCGCUGGGCGACGACAGCACCACUUCCGGCAGUUUUAUGAUAGACCAGAGCUGUACGGACGCCACCGAUGCGGACGUCGACGCCACGGACUCCAACCGUGUGGUCACCAUCGAGAAGGCCGGUAGCCUUCCGUGCCUUCCCACCCAACCCGUCACCAGUAUUGCCAAAGUAGCCUCAGAGGGAGGGGUCGGCGGUUUCCUGAUGUCUUCGCGUAAACCAAUCACUCCGUCGACAGUUACCACCGAUUUGUCGAUCAACGUCUUGGAGUCGAUUAUCAGCAAACCGUACGAACCAAUUGAGCCACUGGUGGGUCAGCUCAUCGACUUGACUACCGACGCCUCCCAAGCAACUGAACGGGACGUUGAGAAGUCUGAGUUCUCUCUCCAACACCAGUCCUCCCAAGACAUUGACGAAGAAUCGCUGGACCUGUCAUUGGAUGCGUUGAAUCACAGCUUAUCGCUAAGGGAUGGCACACACGAGGAACCGGUGGUCGCCAUCGAGGAAGAGGUCGAGGAAGACAGUCAAGGAUUGGCUCUUUUGCACGAGUUGUCCACCACUUCCGAGAGUACGACAACUCAGCAGAUGUCGGAUCGCAAGAAGAAUAGCCGCAAAAGUACUCCGGAUGAAGACAAAGUAUCGCAUAAAUCGUUAAAACCAAAGAAAGCGCACAAAAAGGUUGUCCCAAAUCAGCGGAACUCCUCAUCGGAAAGCCACCCCCUCUUGUCUCAGGAGGAGUUCUAUAUCAUGCAGAGGAGGGCCCGCUCUCUCAGCCGAUCGCCCGACAAGAGGUUCGAUGCGACCGCCGGCGCCCAUACGUCCAGCUCUGCGGCCGCCGGACACUACUUCCAGUCCUGUAGUCACCAUCACUUCACGUGCAGUCAGUGCGGAGAGUCGGCCGAUAAGCAUACGGUGCCCGCCAUU